AUGGAAAAUUGCUGCAAAAUACAAACUCUACAUACGGUUGUCCCUGUCUCUCUCCCUCUCUAUCCGAAAUGGGUUUAUCUGCUCCAGCCAGUGUGAACAGCUCUCUGGGAUGGAAGUCUUCGAGCUUGUUCGUGCAGUCGGGGGCAAGUUCUACUUGUGCUACUCUCCGUCGUUCCAUUGCUUCUUCUAAAAGAAAAUGUCCCCGAAAGAAAGUUUCUGUAACCUGCUCUUCUUCCUCUUCAUCUUCUGAUCCACUCUUGGUUAAGGCUGCGAGAGGAGAGCCUGUAAGUCGGCCUCCAGCAUGGAUGAUGCGCCAAGCAGGAAGGUAUAUGGCCGUUUACAGAAAGCUUGCAGAGAAAUAUCCAUCAUUCAGAGAGAGGUCAGAGACAACUGAUCUCAUUGUGGAAAUUUCUUUGCAGCCUUGGGAAGCUUUCCGUCCUGACGGAGUGAUUAUUUUCUCUGACAUACUUACCCCUCUACCUGCAUUUGGUGUGCCGUUUGACAUAGAAGACAUUCGGGGUCCUGUUAUUCAGUCACCAAUUGUUUCUGAAGAGGGUUUGAAGACUUUGCAUCCAAUUGACUUGGAUAAACUUCAGUUCGUGGGGGAAUCCUUAAAGAUAUUGCGGCAGGAGGUUGGCGGGCAUGCUGCUGUUUUGGGUUUUGUAGGGGCACCUUGGACGAUUGCUACAUAUAUAGUAGAAGGGGGUUCAACUUCCACUUAUACAACAAUAAAGAGCAUGUGCCAUACAGGACCACAUGUAUUGAGGGCUCUUCUUUCUCAUUUGACACAGGCAAUAUCUGACUAUAUUGUUUUCCAAGUAGAAGCAGGGGCUCAUUGUAUACAAAUAUUUGAUUCGUGGGGUGGGCAACUACCACCAAGCAUGUGGGAUAGCUGGUCGAAGCCAUAUAUUGAAGAGAUCGUGAGUUCAGUUAGGAAAAGAUGCCCUAAAACACCACUUGUUCUCUACAUUAAUGGGAAUGGUGGCCUUCUCGAGCGUAUGAAAGGAACUGGAGUAGAUGUGAUUGGGCUUGACUGGACGGUGGACAUGGCAGAUGGUAGAAAACGAUUGGGUAGUGAGAUCAGUGUACAGGGAAAUGUGGACCCUGCUUACCUAUUUUCUCCUCUUCCAUCCCUGACUGAAGAAAUUCAAAGGGUGGUGAGGUCUGCAGGGCCAAGGGGACACAUUCUCAAUCUAGGGCAUGGUGUUCUUGUACGGACACCUGAAGAAUCCGUUAGACAUUUCUUUGAAGUUGCAAGAAGCUUGAAUUAUGAUACAUUUCUAAAAACACAAACACCGACCGGAGGAAUUGGUAGUUUAGUGAUAUAAUUUAAUGUGAGACAAUUCAGCAAUUUUGCUUGACAAGUUGGCUUUUGGUUGAGAGUUCACUUCCAAUUAUGGAAGCAUCAUGCUCAAUUGCUCUUUACCUCAUGUAGUUGAGGGUUCACAGGAGCUCUAAGGUUCCCAACAUGCUUGAGGGUGAGCUUACUUCUCAUAUUCAAUUAUUUUUGUAAUAAUGAUAGCUGGGAUGAAUAAAUGAACCUGUUCUUGUUGUACAGCUAUCCUUUGUGCCUGCCUUUUAUGAUAGCUAGAGGCCUAGAGGGCUCUCACUUAUAUUGUU